ACUCCAGAGAGUCCAUGUUUUCCCCAAAGCCAUGGUGUGAUGUGGCGCCUGAAAUGGCUACCGUUGGUGGCCCCGUUGGCCCCGUUGGUGGCCCAAGAGGUCCAGGAUGUCGAUGGGCUGAGCCAAGAGAUGCAGUACCUGUGGGACCUGGUGGUGGUGCAGCAGCAGUCGCGCAACGUGCCGCAGGGCGAUUCUCCACCGCUCCGCCGGGCGUGUCAGUUCGGGCUGAGCGAAGGAAGUGCCGAACUGGCAGAGUGGAUGUUGACGUUUCCAGAUCCACCACUGGAGGAGUUGGAGCUCUUAGAUCUGGGCCCAGAGGAUGGCAGCGGGUUCGCGCGCGCCGAGCAGCUCCAAGCGGCCUUUGGUGCCCGCGUUUCGACGCCCGCCGCGGGGCUCUGGAAGCGGCCGCCCGGAGUGGCAGUGGAGGAGGGCGGCAACUGCGACCUGGUCCUUUUUUCGAAGGUCUCCACACGUUUCAGCUUGGAUCGAGUCCUACCCCGACUCGGUAGCCAUGUGGUGGCCGUUUGGGUCUCCGACGAAUGUAUCCAUGAGACCACAGAGGUGGCCAGCCCAGCUUGCGCCCAUAUGAACUCCUUCUGGGAACGAACCUACUUGAUGAUGAGGGGCUAUUGCACUCGCCGGAUAUGUGCCUCGCGGGUCAAGACCAGCAUCCUGCAGGAUCCCAAUGUUCUGGACCUCCAUUGUGAGGACUUCAAUACCUUGGAGGGUUCGAACUCAUCGAUUUCGGAGUUUGGCCAAGAUUGGUUUGCGCUGAGCAACUUUCUGGGACUGGGUUCCACAGGAGUCUAUGUGGAUGUUGGAGCAUCCUUGCCCUUUGACUACAGCAACACUGUCAUGUUGGAUCGGUGCUUGGGGUGGCAAGGCGUUUGCGUGGAGCCAAACCCUCAUCUCAGCAUUCUGCUGGAGGUGUAUCGGUCCUGUCAAGUCUUUACGAACUGCAUCUCCGACGCGGGUCUUCCGCAGCGUCCCUUCUCAGAUCGUGAUGGGAAAGUCGAAUUCUAUGCGGACUGUGUGCCGCUGACCGACAUCCUGCGGUCUGCAGGGGUGGGACCACGGAUCGACCUAAUGAGCGUGGAUGUGGAGCACCAGGAGCUGGCGGUGCUCAGAGGAUUGAACCUGGAGGAGUUUGACGUGCGCGUCAUGGUCAUUGAAGUCACUCGCGGGGCCAGAUGGUUGGAGGUGGAUUCCAUCUUACUGCCGCAGGGCUACGCCAAGGUGGCGGUCCUUGGGCGUGACGUGGUCUAUGUGAAGUUGGAGGAGCUUCAAGAAAAGAACUUGGCAGCCUGGCCAAUCUUCAAAGGCCCAGAUCGGAAGGCAACGCUACCUGACGGCUGGGCGAAUUUCCACCAGCGCGUGCUGGAUGAAGAGAUGGAGGAGGAGAUGAGGCAGGAGCGGAAGGCCUACUAUGCCGGGUUGAGGCGGACCUCGCCCGGAUGAGCUGCGUGUGGAAAAA